CGCAAAGGGAAAAUUAGGCUCAAAAUUCUCGUUGUGUGGUUAUAUUUUGCUAUAUUUCCAUCGAUAAUCAUUAUAAAAUUACUAUCUCUAGGGCGGUUUCGUCUUGAGAAAAAUGGACGGACAAAAUACAGGUGCUUCAAUGUUUAUGUGUCGGCUGUGCAACCUCUUCUCUCCAAGUCAUUCUCAACUGCUGUACCACUGCUCCCAGCUCCACCCCCAGCAGGAAUCUCCCAAUGACAUCAUCAUUGUGUUGCAGCCCCUUCCUGCAGGACCUGUGGAAACGACAGAGAGUCAAGUGAAGCGAAAACGAGGAAGACCGAAAGGUUCCACCAAGAAGAGAGGCUCUGAUUGGUUGGAAAGCAAGACUGGCUCCACCCACUCGCCAAAGGAAAAAGAUAAGCGAGAGCAAGAGAGGAAGAUGGAGGAAAGAGAUAGAAAUAGGAAUUCCAUGGAAGAAGGGGAGCGCCACGAGGAGGUGAGGGAGCUGGAGUGCAGGAAGUGUCACCGGUCAUUCAGCAACAGACGACAGAUCCGCAAGCACAUCUGUCUGAAAGAGGAGGAGGAGGAGGAGGAAGAGGCUGAAGAGGAGAAUGGUGCUACAGCGAUCUCAUGUCCAGAUAGCGUCUGUAGAGAAGCAAGAGUGGGGGGUUCUGGGAGCUUGGCCCUGGGGGGUGGAGCUGAACCAAACCACAGUCAUCAAAACCAAGGCAGAUCAGGCACAAAAGAAGUGGAUGGAUCCAAAGCCCAGAGAAAUAUCAGGAGAGGUCGGACGCUGUGCGAUGACCAAAGCCCAGUCUGUAAAGAGGGGGGUGCAGCAGCAGGAAACAAGAAGUCAGUCAUAAGUGUGAUUCUGACAGAACAUGAAAUGCUUCCAGGUGCAACCAAGAUGGUUCCAGUAGAGGCUAGUCCAGCUGAAACAGACUCUGCAGACGGCCAGACUCAACCUCAGGACUCUGCAGCCUGCCAGUCUCAGACACAGGACUCUGCCAAUAACCCUGACCCUGAAUCUGAGCCAAGUCCUAACGUGGCAUCCAAUUCAACAGCAGCCAGCAAAGGCUUCCAGGAAUAUUCCAUCAAACAAGUUGCUACCAGUCUAAACCAGAGCCAGCUGAAGAUUUUCACUUGUGAAUUCUGCAAUAAAAUCUUUAAAUUCAGGCACUCGUUGACCGCCCAUCUCAGGACUCACACCCAAGAGAAACCAUUCCAGUGUCCGCACUGUGACUACGCAUCAGCCAUUAAAGCCAACUUGAACGUCCACCUGAGGAAACACACAGGAGAGAAGUUUAGCUGUGUGCACUGUCCUUUCACCUGCCUCAGUCCUGGCCACCUGAAGGUCCACAUAGAACGUGUCCAUCUUAAGAUGAAGCAGCACUGCGGUUUCUGCCAGAAGAAAUACUCUGAUGUGAAGAACCUGCUGAAACAUAUGGAGCAACGGCAUAACCUUAAAGAACCUGCCGUCCACAAGAGCUAUCAACAACUCAGGUUAAAGACCCGUCAGGGCCAGAGGCAGCUGCUCUAUCACUGUCCCACAUGUAACCGUCGCUUUAAGAACCAGUUAGAGCGGGAGCGCCACCUGUUAGUCCACGGCCCUCAGCGACCCUUCGCCUGCCUGCUCUGCGACCACGCCACCACCAAAAUGUCUGCACUCGCAGCCCACGUCAGGAAGCACCUCUUCCUGUACGUGUGCUGCAGGUGCAGUAGCACGUUUGUCAGCUCCCAGAGGGUGAGGAAUCACCUUAAGGAGUCUCACCCAGACCAGGACCAAGAACAGGCCUUCACCGACUGCAUCAACAACAGCUACUGCUUGAUUCAGCCUGGAGGAGAUGGGUGGAGAGAAAAGCCUAGGGAGGAAGAGCCAGGGGAGGAGGAGGAGGAAGAGGAGGGGAUGCUGUCGGAGAAGAGGGAAGAGGAUACGGGGGAAGAGGAGGGUAGACAAAAUGGUAUUGGAGGAGAUGAGUGGGGAGAUGGUGAGGAUGAGGGCUUGACAGCAGUCAAGAGGAACGAGAGAACGCAAGAAGAGCCUCAUUCUGAGGCUAAUCCUCAAAAUGAGAGGCAGGAAGAGACAGGAGAAGAGUAUGGUAUAAACAAAGAGAUGACGAGAGAGGCACAUUUAGAAAAUGGACAUCUGGAGGAAGAGGGUUCCCAAGGAGCAGUCAGUCAAAAUGUUUCCAGAGAAACCCUCAGUCCCACAGACAGACAGUUACCCGAUUGGUCGAAGCCAACAGCUGGGGAGAAGCCACAGGACAGCACACAAGACUCACAUGCUCCUAUAGCCAAGAACUCAUCCACAUCUUUAUCAGAGAACGUACAAACCCUUCAAGAGAGUGCACGCAGCUCUUUAUCACCAGAAAGUAAACUCACCCUUUUGUCAAACAAUGCAAAGAAACCUGAAGGAAAUGCACACACAGCUGAUGAUGGCACACACACACAGAGCUCCGAUAACACUUUUACACCCCUGUGGUCAGAAACACAUGCAUCUACAGCAAACACUGCCCAAACAUCUUUAACAUCAGAAAAAAUAUUCACACCUACAUUAGAGGACAUCCCUACUUCAAGCUCUGACGAGGUGUCACAGGCUGCUCAUCCUAAUGCAUUCCAGCAGGUAGUGUCAUCACUUCAGAAAACACAGCUAAAUAUGGAGACUUUUCAACAACUCAGAAAGAUCUAUGGUGACCUGGAGUGCCAAUACUGUGGGAAGCUAUUCUGGUACCAAGUCCACUACAAUCUCCAUGUACGCACGCACACCAAAGAGCAUGUGCAUUACUGCUCUCAGUGUAGCUAUUCCUCCAUCACGAAGAGCUGUUUAAAACGUCACAUGAUCCAGAAGCACAGUGGUAUACUGUUGCCUUGCCCCAGCCCUGGCUGUAAAUACAGCACACCUGAUAAAUAUAAACUACAAGCCCAUCUGAGGACACACCAAGACCAGGGGAAAAACGUGGCCUGUCCUGUCUGCCAUCAGAACUACCCAGAAUACAGACUCAAACACCACAUCAAAACAUCCCACCCUGACUCAGGUACUGUGCAGGGUAAAGGGCUGAUGGUGAAGCGGGCAGAGAAGUGUCCCUACUGUGACUCCUACUUCCUGAAGAACAGCAGUGACCUUCAGCAACACAUCUGGGCACACCAAGGUUUGAAGCCAUACCACUGCAAUGUGUGCGACUAUGCAGGUCGCAGUAAGAGUAACCUGAAGGCUCACAUGAACCGCCACAGCACAGAGAGAAGCCACCUCUGUGACCUGUGUGGGAAAAAGUUCAAAUCAAAAGUUACACUGAAAAGUCACCGACUCAGCCACACUGCUGAAGGAAAGCAGUUUCAGUGUUCAGAGUGUGACUAUACCUGUGUCUCCAAACCUGCUCUCGUCAGACACAUGGAGCAACAUGCUGAUUUUAAGCCAUUCCGUUGUGCCCACUGCCACUACUCCUGUAACAUUGCUGGUCCCUUGAAGAGACACUACAGCAGGAAACACCCUGAACAAGAGUACCAGAACGCCGGACCAGGACUGCCCAACACAGAUACUCUACAACAGCAAGGCGGUAUGAAGUGCCCUGUAUGUGAGUUUGUUUAUGGCACAAAGUGGGAACUGAAUCGCCACCUGAAGAACAAACACAACCUGAAACUGAUGGAGGGAAAUCGCGCCUGGGAGGUGGUGGAGACAGAAGAGUUUGUCUCUAUGGAAGAUGAGGAGCAACCAGCAGAGGCAGCUGUAGCAGCCCUGCAGGACACCAGCAAUGGGGCAGUGAAUAUUCUCCAGCAGAUUAUCGAACUCAGUUCAGAGAGCAAAGACGCUAUCACAUCUGUUGUCACCAUGGCUCCUGGCACUGUGACCGUGGUGGAGCAGGUGGCUAAUGAGAAGGAUCCUGGCAGCGGCAGCGACCAGCUGAUGGUGGUCGAUGGUGAGGAGGGUGCCACCGCAAAUCAGCUGAUGGUUGUUGAGGAGACCGAGGGCCUGGAGGCCCUGACAGUCUUCACUCAGGGAGAGAGCACUCACCACUACAUUGUCUAUGUCCAGGAACAAACUGUAGAAGUUGACUCGUAAUUGGGAUUGUUAUUCGCUGUAAGACUGUGGAGCACCAUGAGUAUCACUGCAAUCUGUAAACGCUGUCUGGUACAGCAUAUACCCUCCGUCAUCGCGUGGCUUUACUUGUCAUCAACUGUUUUACUGAACCAACAUCUGAAAGGCUACUUUUUUCUUUAAAAUAAAUUUGUUGGGACUGUAUUUUGAUAAUAUUGUACUGUUAAAAGAUAUUUAUUUUACACUUUGCAGACCUACAGAAGACAAAGGGCGAUGUAUCUAGCUAAUGCCGAGGACAGAUAGUUGGCUUGGCUAGCUAUGAAUAUGCGGUGCACACUACAUCGCUCAUUCAAAUGGGCAUGUUUCUGCACACUCAAAUAUUCAUCACAUUUACAACUAGAAAAAGCAAUUUGUGGUCACAUCAAAGCAAAUUACCCUGAUUUUAUUUUUACUAAUUGUGCCCAUUUUCCCUAAAUGUCAAAGCAUAAAGGUAAAAUAACCAAAGAAAUCUUGUUUUUUAUUAAUCAUUUACUGCUUUCAUCUGAAUUAAAUUAACCCAAACCAACCCUAAAUAAUCUUGGGGGGGGGGUUAUAAAA